GGCCGCGCAGGCGGCACGCCCGAGCCGCGCCUGAGUUCCAGGGGGCUCUCGACCCCGAAGGUUUCACGACGGAGUGUGUCCAGGUGUGGCCAUUUCAUUUAUCCUGGAUCGAUUGUGUUUCCUGUGUCUAAGGUUGCUCCUGCCUGAUUGAUAACAGUCAUCAUUGGCUUUUGAUUGCUCUCCGUCUGAUGUGGCCUCUGUUUCAUGUCACAUCUGAAACUCCUCUGUGCUUCAAACUUAGAAAGGCCUUCUCCCCCACACCAGCCGGCUCUCUCAGAUUCACAAGCACCCCUCGUUUUAUUGCUGCGUCACUGCACUUUACAGGUAUUUGCAUAGGAGUCAGAAGAGUUAAUCUGUGUGAAUCCUCACGUUUCCGAGAGGACUCCAUGACCGCCUGACCGCCUGACCGCCUGACCGCUGACGCUGACGCUUCCUGUCACCCAGUAGACAGUCUGGUGAUCCAGGACUAGCCCUGGCUCUAGUGAUGCAGAUUACCUUUCUACUCCUGGAAUCACAUCUGUGCCUCAGACUUGCUCCUCCCAGCCUGAGCCUGCACAUAAACUAGGAUGUGGGGCCGCGGGAAGCAGAGCUAGUGGUCCCCGAGAGGCCCGUGUCUGGUAGCACCCGGCCCAGAACGCUGCCUUUGCCCUGGGCUGGAGUCCAGCUGGGUGUCUCGCUGAUGUGCUCAGCACCAUCCUUCCCUUUGUGCUUAAAUGGCACAGCAUUUGGCCAGCGCAUCUGAAAAGGAAGGUGUGAGAAGCAAAACCCAUGGCCACCUACCCCUGCCAGUUAUGUGGCCAGACGUUCCUCACCCUGGAGAAGUUCACUAUCCACAGUUACUCUCACUCCAGGGAGCGACCUUACAAGUGCUUGCAGCCAGAGUGUGGCAAAGCUUUUGUUUCCAGAUAUAAAUUAAUGAGACACAUGGCUACCCACUCGCCCCAGAAGACUCACCAGUGUGCUCACUGUGAGAAGACGUUCAACCGGAAAGACCACCUGAAGAACCACCUCCAAACCCAUGACCCCAACAAAAUGGCCUUUGGGUGUGAGGAGUGUGGGAAGAAGUACAACACCAUGCUGGGCUACAAGAGGCACCUGGCCCUGCACGCGGCCAGCAGCGGCGACCUCACCUGUGGGGUCUGUGCCCUGGAGCUAGGGAGCACAGAGGUCCUGCUGGACCACCUCAAAGCCCACGCCGAAGAGAAGCCCCACAGCGGAACCAAGGAGAAGAAGCACCAGUGCGACCACUGCGAGAGAUGCUUCUACACCCGGAAAGAUGUGCGGCGCCACCUGGUGGUCCACACAGGAUGCAAGGACUUCCUGUGUCAGUUUUGCGCCCAGAGAUUCGGGCGCAAAGACCACCUCACCCGGCACACCAAGAAGACACACUCACAGGAGCUGAUGAAGGAGAGCUUGCAGGCUGGAGAUUUCCUGAACACCUUCCACUCUCUCUCCCCCCAGUUUCAGCUGAAGGCAGCCACACUCACUCCUUACGCUCUAGGAGCUGCUGUGCAGAAUGGGCUGGCUGGUAGCUUGCCAGGUGAGGUACACAGCCACACCCUCAAUCCCUCAGAGCCAGCCUGCCAGCCUGUUCCACCACUGCCAGAGUCCCUGGUCCCCAUGCACCUGGCACCCCCCAGCACUCCCCCUCCACCCCUCCAGAAUCACAAGUACACCAGUUCUACCUCAUACCCCCCACUUGCCAACCUGACCCUCAAAGCAGAUACUAAAGGGUUUUGCAAUAUCAGUUUGCUCGAGGACUUGCCUAUGCAAGAGCCUCAGUCACCUCACAAGCUCAGCCCCGGUUUUGAUCUGGUUAAGGGAAGUGCUGGUAAAGUCACCCUGCCCAAGGAGCUCUCUGCAGAUGCUGUGAACCUAACAAUACCUGCCUCUCUAGACAUUUCCCCCUUGUUGGGCUUCUGGCAGCUGCCCCCUCCUGCUACCCAAAAUGCCUUUGGGAACAGCACCCUUGCUCUGGGGCCUGGGGAGUCUCUGCCCCACAGGCUGAGCUGUCUGGGGCAGCAGCAGCCAGACCCCUCACUAGCCAUGAGCACCAUGAGCCUGGGCCAGCUCCCGCUGCCCCCCAUCCCGCAUGUUUUCUCAGCGGGCACCAGCUCCGCCAUCCUGCCUCAUUUCCAUCAUGCAUUCAGAUGAAUGGCUUUCAAAGCAUACUUUUCUUAUUCUGGAAGAUGUUUUAAGGAGCAUUUUAAAUGUCAGUUAUAAUACAAGGAAAGAUUUGGAAAGCAGGACUGGGGAUAUGGCUUAUUCAGUGACACCUGGCUUGAGAUAGGAGUUCUCGAACUGCAUGUAUCGUGCCAAUCUGUCCUGAGUGUUCAUGCUUUGUACCAAAUGUAGUAAGCAAGUAUUCUUUAAUGGAACUGCAACUAUCUGUUGUCAUAACCGACAUCCAAACAAGGGCUGCUAUAUAUCGUUGUUUGUCAAAUUGAGUUUAAUCGUAAGCCAUGAUCAUAAUAAUGUUAACUAAAUAACUUUAUGUGGCACUGCCUAGUAAGGGAACCAUGGAAAGGUUUGAUUUCUCCAAAAUUGGAGAUUCUUUUUUUUUUUUUUUUUUUUUAAAUACGAAAAUAAUCUUUAUAUUGCAUACUAUAACUAGGCUGUGUAUUUCUUUUCAGGGACUUUUCUACCUUCAGGGUUGGAUGUAGUUUAGUUACUAUUGCCAUAGCCAACCUGUAGUUUUACAAAAACAAUUUCUUGUGGAAUUAUAGACGUCUCCAUUUUAAACAAGCAUUUUAAAUGUAGUUUGAAUGUUUUCCACAAGAUGCUACAAUGUGAGUUAUCACUUCAUGUAUCUUAAAGACUAAACUGAUUGUCAGUUACAUCUGACAGAAAAAAAAAAAUCACUGUGUAACCAGAUUAAGUGGUAGAAUAAUCCAGCUGUCAGUCAAUAAAAGCAUUUUGCUGACUUUAAUAUUGAUUAUAUUUUUAACAGGAAUUUAAGAAAUAUUACUGGAAUUUUUAAAUAUAUAUAUAUAUUAAACAAGAAUUUUCUUUGCUCUGUCUGGCUUAAAAUACUACUCUGCUUAAGUAUAUUUUUAAUCACCAAUAAAUAGAUGCAUUUUAAAAUUCAUCAUUUAAGUCAAUAUUAGUUUUAUUCAAAAAGAUUAACAUUUUGCAAUGUAACUAUAAUCUCUUUCUUGAAUUUGGUAUCUAAUGAGUUUUAAGAAUAUGAAACCUAACCUUUUUUAAAAGCUCCUUUGUCUUUUGUGUUUAGAGGCUUUCUAUAUGAAGAUAUAUCUUACAUAUAAUAAACUCUACAAAUCCUG